AUCGUAUCUCAAGGUGCAAUCAUGCCAAAAAUGACAAAUGCUACAGCAAAAGCUGAGCUUGGAAGGGCAACAUGGCGUUUCCUGCAUACAAUGACAUUACGAUUUCCCGAAAAGCCAACACAAUCAGACAGAGAAACACUUCUACGAUUCAUGAACGACUUUUCGCGUUUGUAUCCUUGCGGUGAAUGUGCUGAACAUUUUCAACAAUUGCUCAAAGAGCUACCACCACAAACUGCAAGUAGGAUGAAUGCAGCGUUGUGGCUUUGUGCAGCACACAACAAGGUCAACGAAAGACUUGGGAAGCCGGAGUUUCCAUGUGAUAAGCUAGAUGAGACGUACGAUUGUGGAUGCGGAGAUGAUACC